AUGACACGCACUGUGGUGGUAACAUGCGGUGCUACUGUACCGUUUCCGGGCCUUGUAGAAGCGAUCUUGGACCUGAACUUCUUACACGCAAUACACGAACGCUGGGGCUUUGGGAGAGUGAUCAUUCAAUACGGAAAGGGUUACAACGUUGAGUUCGAGAAAAGGAUGAGAUUCUUGGGAAGCGAACCUGAAAGAAAAGAUACGGUUGUUGAGAUAUCUAAGAAACUGGGAGUUGAGCUAGAGUUUUAUGGACGAGUCGGAGGAGUUGAAAUCUGCGGGUUUGCGUUUACCACGGCCAUCCAGGAUCUUCUGCGAACGCAUGCCGAUGUGGUGGUCUCACACGCAGGUACGGGAUCUAUCUUGGACGCUUUAAGACUACAAAAACGAUUGGUUGUAGUGGCUAAUACGGGCCUUAUGGAUAAUCAUCAAAUGCAAAUUACAGAUCGUCUCGAGUCACGUGGCCACCUUGUCGCGGCGCACGAAACGAGUUCAGCAGCCGUAUUAGAAGCGAUUUCCGUUUUGGAAAGGCAAGCUCCAGUACCAUUGGCGUCUGGGACUAGUGCUGUGGGCUUUACCAAUCUUUUGAUGAACGUUGCAACAUCAUAG